CCACUGCGCUCGUCACUCCCACCACACCUGCUAUGGCUCCCACCGUGCCCGACUAGCCAAACGCCACUCGUCCCCCCCCCGCCAUGCUUCGCGCGCGGCCCUCCUCGUCGCUCGCCGAGUCGCAGCCGUUGUCACAAUCGUCGCGCGGAUGGCCCGCAGCCGCCUCGUCCCUGGCGCGCCGCCAUGCAGCGUCGUUCCGCCGCACGCUCAGCAUCGCGGCGCUGCCGCUGCUGCUCCUGGCGUACAUCGCGGUCCGGCUGACGGUCGUGCCGCAUUCCCGAGGCGCGCUGACUGAGCCCGGCGCGACGGCGCGGAGGGCGCGGCACGUGAAGGUGCUGCGCGUGUUCGUUCUGCCGCUGGACCCCGCCAUGAGCUUCGGCCUGCUCAACUCGUCCGCGUCGCUCUCCCUGGCCAUCCCCGCGCGCCUGGUGCCCAUCUGGAACCACGUCACGGGCAGCUCCAUCGCGCUCCCGCCCUCUCCGGCCCGCACCCGCGCGACCACUCCCGCCCCUGCCCCCGCUGCUCUCUCUGCUACCCCGCCCACUCUUGGUGCCGUGGCUCCAGAGGGAGUGGCGCGGGGCGAAUCGCAGGGGGGGGCGAGCAGGAGCAACGAGGGAGCGGCGGAGGGGGAGGAGGAGGAGGAUGGGGAGAUGGUGACGGUGCAGGUGGCGGCGUAUGACGCGCAGCCGCAUGUGUAUGCGUACAGCGCCGAGUACUGGCUCGCACUCUCGCUCUUCACAGGACUGCCGUCGGUGCGUGUGGUGGCACACCCCUCGCAGGCCGACGCGCUCUUCCUGCCGCUCUUCUCCUCGCUGCUGCUCUUCAGAAGCGCGCCCCCCAACGCAUCUGAUCCUCUGUGUCUGCGCCACCUCUCCCUGCGCACUCCCCCCGCCCUCCUCUCCUCCCUGCUCUCCUCCGUCGCCUCUCUGCUGCAGCAGCACCAGCCCCCGCGCGCCCCGCUGCCGCUGCUGCUGCCCGCCAUGCACCCACACGCACUGGCGCCCCUGAAGGUGCAACUGGCAGCCGCGCACUUCAUGCUCACUGAUAUCAGCCACACCAGCCCGCAGGCAGUGAGCCUGGGCAAGGACGUGGUGGUGCCCCUGGCGUCCGUGGUGCCGCCCCUGCUGGUCGACUCGGGGGAGUGGGCGCAGCGCCCCACCCUCGCCUUCUUCCACGGCCCGCCACAGAGUGCGGAGCGGGUGCGCCUGGCGGCGGUGCUGGCGGGCAGCAUUGACUUUGACGUGAGCGUGUGGGGCGAGGCGGGCACGGAGGAGCAGGUGGCGGUGGAGCGGGCGCGCGCGGAGCAGGGCAUGCGCACUGCCAAGUUCUGCCUUGUGCUGCCAGGCGAGGUGCCAUCGUCCGUGGGGCUGGUGGACGCCAUCAUGAGCGGCUGUGUGCCCGUGCUGCUCGUCUCCUCCUCCUUGCCCGCCCCCGCGCUGCCCCUCGAAGCCUCCGUACCCUACGCCCAGUUGGUGCGCGCCGUGCCGCUGCGCCUGGCGCUGCGGGCGCGGUACCUGCUGGAGGCGCUGGGCGUGGUGAAGCGCCACGAGUGGAUGCGCAUGUGGUACCGCCUCCGAGAGUUCCGGGAGAGCUUUCUCUACAGCAGCCCGCCCAGGGAGGGCGGGCCGGAGGACCUGGUGUGGCAGGAGAUGGCGUUCAGAGUACGGCACGGGCGGGAGGCGAGGGAGGGGGAGGAGCGCAGGAGGCAGCGGCAGGAGGAGCUGAGUGCGCUGCUGGUGGCGGCAGGGAUGGCGGCCAUGCAGGAUGCAGAUGGGCGGGUCUCCACACGGGAUUAUGGUUGAUGGCCUUGUGGAUGCCUCAUUAGUUGGCUUGAAAACUUUUGCAUGAAUAAUGAAAAAACAGGCUC